GUGCCGCGAAAUAUCAAAACGCGCGUGACACAAACAUGCUAACGGUUUAGCUUCAACUUUGUGUGGAGAUGAAAACAAAAUGGCUGUUCGUGUUGUGUGAAUUAGUCCUGAUACACUGCCUUUAAACACUCUAAACUGCCUGUUGUUUGUUAGUCAGGUCAGCUGGCUCAUGUUUUAACCUGUUUACAGUCUCGGUUUGGGUUUUUUUUUUCUUUUAAAUUAGUUUAUUUUCUGAGAGGAAGAUGAUAAAAGGUGAGUGUAAAGGCAGGGCUGAGGAGCUGCUGGGUCUCCCGGAGAAGCUGGAGAAGAGACUGCUGCCUUUUCAGCGCCACGGAGUCCAAUUCGCUCUUUCCAGAGCUGGAAGGUGUUUGAUUGCCGAUGAGAUGGGGCUUGGAAAGACGGUGCAGGCCAUCUCGGUGGCGUACCUCUACAGACACGAGUGGCCUCUGCUGAUCGUGGUGCCAUCUUCACUGAAGUACCCAUGGAUCGAGGAGCUGGAGCGCUGGGUUCCCGAGCUCCAUCCUGAUGACAUCAACCUGGUGGAGAGCAAAGCUAAUGUCAUAGGGAUCAGCCAGAGCAAGGUGACGGUUCUGGGCUACGGGCUGCUGACUAAUGACGCACAGUCGCUCGUGGAUGCGCUGAAAAAGCAGCACUUUGGCGUCGUCAUAGUGGAUGAAUCGCACUACCUGAAGUCCCGGAAUGCAGCGAGGACGAAGAUCCUGGUGCCGGUGAUCCAGAACGCUAAACGUGCAAUCCUGCUCACAGGAACUCCAGCACUGGGCAGACCAGAAGAGCUCUUCAUGCAGAUCGAUGCUUUGUAUCCGAGGCGUUUCGGCACUUGGAGUGAGUACGCCAAGAAAUACUGCAACGCACACUACAGAUUCUUCGGGAGAAGGCGUCAGUGGGAUUGCCGUGGAGCAUCUCAUCUGGACGAGCUGCACCAGAGGCUCAGCGAGAUCAUGAUCCGCAGACUUAAAGCCGAAGUGCUCACACAGCUGCCGGCCAAAAUCCGUCAGAGAAUCCCUUUCGACCUGCCAAAAGAGGCAGCCAAGGAAGCCAGCUCCAGUCUGGAGACGUGGGAGAGUUUAAUGCGCUCUCUGGGCUCUGGCGAGUCAGAGAAUGAGAACCCGUUUACACAAGUGAUGGCUCUCAUCACGCAGAUGUACAAGCAGACCGCAGUAGCUAAGGCAGGAGCAGUGAAGGACUACAUAAAGAUGAUGCUGGAGACGGAGCAGCUGAAGUUUCUGGUCUUUGCACAUCACCUCAGCAUGCUGCAGGCAUGUACCGAGGCUGUGAUUGAGGCCAAGGCCGGUUAUAUCCGAAUCGACGGCAGCGUUCCUUCCGCGGAGAGGAUCCAGCUGGUCCACCGCUUCCAGAAUGAUCCAGAGACGCGGGUGGCUAUUCUGAGCAUACAGGCUGCAGGACAGGGUCUGACCCUAACAGCGGCGUCUCACGUGGUGUUCGCUGAACUCUAUUGGAACCCGGGUCACGUGAAGCAGGCGGAGGACCGAGCGCACCGCAUCGGCCAGACCUCAUCCGUACACGUUCACUACCUCAUCGCCAAGGGCACGUUCGAUAUGGUCAUGUGGGCCAUGCUGAACAGGAAGGAAACUGUGACAGGCUGCACUCUGAAUGGAAGGAAGGACUACCUGAAAGCGGAGGAAGCUGAUAGGGAGAAAUGGGAUUUUCUGAACUUCGCUCAGGCCUGGACACCGAGCGACAGCGUCACCGGCGACGCCGAGGAUGAGAAAGAUGGCGUCUUCUUCUCACAUUUUGAGCGAGACAAACAGCACGACAUCCGCAGCUUUUUCUCCCCCGUCUCGGACAAAAAGAGGAAAAGAACAGACGAUGCCUCCAUCACCAGCUCUCCUCAUCCACCUUCACAAGACCAGCAGGGAACCAAUCAAAGCCCCUGUGGCCACAGCCCUGAUUUAGCCAAUCAGGAGGAGGAUUUCUGUCCCCAGGUGAAACAUUUGAAACAGACGACUACUCCAUUGUCUCGCUGUGGGGGGAAGAGAAGUCCCGCGAUGCCUCUCGGUGCGCCACGCAGGCUCUCGACAGGAAUGCAAACCCCCCACCAUUGUCAGAAGUGGAGCUGCCCACUCUGUACGUUUUCCAACAGCGGCCUCCUGCUGCGGUGCGAAAUGUGCGAGACACCACGAGCUCGGAGAGCUCGCAGCCCUCCUGCGUCUCCCUCCCCUUCUGCCUCUCUUUCUGUCUCCAGCCCCUGCAUCACUCUUUCAGACUCAGAAGAAGACAACAGCACCCCCAGAGCACCACAGACUCCUCUCAGCACACCGAGCCAAACGAUAAAGAAAGAGGACAAAAAGACAUCAGAACCACGCAGAGAUCCUCCACACACUCCUUCCAGCACUAAUGAUAGCCGCGAGUCUGAGCCAGUAGACGACUCUCUGCCUGUGUAUGACAGCCUGAAGUUCUGCGCCAGCAAAAAUACUGAUAGGAUCUACAUUUACAACAAGGAUGGUCUUCCACUCAACUGCAACUUUGUUCCUCUGGAUAUCAGACUACACAACUGGGAUGACUUGCCUCCAGAGUUCAGCCGCACCGAGAACCGGAGACAUUUGGUGCGUUUCGUACGCGAGUGGAGCUUUCUGACGGCAAUGAAGCAAAGGAUGGUGAGGAAGACUGGCAGAGUCUUUCACAGCCCGACGCUGCUUGUGGAUGAGCUCACACACACGCAGCGCCGACACAGUAGCACCAAGAGGUAUCUCUCUAAGCAGGAAGUGGCUGAGACGUCCCUGAGUGCAGCCCGGAGACAGGGAGGGACCGUACGCUCCAUCAGCAAGGACAGCUCUUCCUCCUUCAAGAGAUCUAUCAUGAAAGCACCCAGUCACGCUGAGAAAGAAUCAGGAGCAGAGACGGGAUAUUUGCAAGCUCUGGACUCUGGAGGCACGCCACUGUGUUUGUCUUGCCAGAAGCCCAGCGUGGACCACUCGGGCUGGGCAGGCGGAUUCUGCAGUGCCAGCUGCAUGGAGGAUCUGCAGCUGCGCUCCAGCCGAGGCUACAGCCGCUCGCGCGUGCUCGAGACGGAGCAAGGUGUGUGUCAGAGCUGUGGCCUUAAUGCGCGCCAGGUGUAUUUGCAUGUCCGAGACGCGCCACACACACACCGCAAAGAGAUCCUGGACAACACAUGGCUGGCCCAGCUGCCUCUCAAACAGCUGAACGAGAUGAUCCGUCACCCAGUCGAAGGCCACUUCUGGCAGGUGGAUCACAUCAAGCCGGUGUACAGCGGAGGAGGACAGUGCCUUCUGGACAACCUGCAGACGCUCUGCACCGUCUGCCACCGCAUGAGGACGGCACAGCAGGCCAAAGAGCGGAGUCAGACGAAGAAAAGCGAAGCAGCAUCCAAACUAUCCUCAGACAUCACCCGGUUCUUUAUGAAGAAAUAAGACUGAACUACCACCACCAUGUUUCACUAUGUAUGUGUAAAAAAAAAAAAUCUCAGAAUAAUUUUUUUAACAAGAGAUAAUGACUGUGUUUAAGAUUGUGAUUGACGCACCAUGUGUGUUGCCAUGGCAAUGAUCAGCCCGUGCGCACACAAUGGCUGCCUCAAUUUUAUUGAUUAAACACCGGAUACGGACUUUUCAAAAUCCUGUAUUUUAGUAUUCAGUGAUAAAGCAGGGAUUCGUAACAUUUUUGGGGUUUUUUUCCCCCCUGCUAAUACAGACCUGAGAAUUCUACAGCUACAUGUACGGGGGUUUAAUUAUUAUUAUCUUUUUUUUGGGGGGGGGAUCUCAGGAAAAGUUUAGUGCUACAGUACUAGGGAAGGAGGUAGAAAGAAAGCGACUGUUUCUAGAGUGACCAUCGAGCUAUCAGUGCAGCACUGCUGAGUUGGUUCUGCUGCAUGAUAACGCUUAUGUUUCUAGCAGAGAGAGCAGGGAGUCCAAGCAUUCUUGUUUGCUGCUAUUUUUAACUCGUGCAGGCUUUCAGAGCAUAAAAGCACCCUGCUGGAUGACUCCUAACAUUUUUCCACUUACUUCCACUGGUGCUGGAGGUAGAAGAAAUGUUUCUCUGCUGAAUGAUUUGUGUGUGUGUGCGUGCGCACGUGUGAAAACGAGAAUGCAAUUUACCAAUGCAGCAUGAAUGUGAUUAAAAAAGACGCACAAGUUUCCAAUUUCAGCUCGAACCACCAGCUGGUGAUAUUUUUUUUUUCUUCCUUUCUUUGAUUAAAAAAAAAAACCUUUCUGCAAAACCGGUGCCUUAUUUGAAUCCAUCACAGCCCCUUAUGUAAUCUCAGCGAAUGCCAAGGGACCCGUACGGCUCGUCGCCAUAGUAACCUGCCCUGGUGAUGGGCACCUAUGUGGAUAUGGAAGCUCUUACAACUGCAUUUCUGUUUAUAGACAUGCCAUGAGACGAGUCGAAAUCAACCUCCGCGUCUCCUGCUGCACACCAGCUCGAUCAAGGAAAUUUACGCAGUGGAAAUUUACAAGAAGAACAUUAAAUCCAGUUUUGUGUUUUUAUUGGGAAACUUUUUUUCUGUUCGGAGUGCUUUCUGAUCAUAUAAAACAGUGGGUUGUUGUCGCAAUUACUAUCUUAAGCCCAAUAAAAGAACAUUAAGCUUUAUUGUGAAGGAUGUUUCAGGUUUGGAAUGGGUUUCGACCAAACACUGCAGUGUGUGUAUUGAGAUUUCUAUUUAAACUAUGCUAAAUUCUUGAUUCUGAUUGGUCAAAAGGUAAUAAUUCUCUCUGGCAGCAGCACUGACGGUGGUUUUGGUUAUAAGGUUUACACUAAUCCAGUCAUUAUUGUUUCUGUAGUAAUAGCUCACAUGCAUCAGUAUGAAUUGGUGCCAUGUCUUUAAAAAUGCUGUACUUUAGGGAGCGAACAGCUCGCCGUGUGUUUUAUUCCUGACAUUUCAGACAUGUUGGGCGAGAAAGUGUGUUUACGAUGCCUACAUUAAAACCUAAGUGCACAUAAAGGA